UCCUUCCUGAGCGUGUUCACUGAGCGAGGGCAGGACGCAGUGCACACACUUCCUCUUGCAGAAGUCAUCUGUUCGGUCAGACGUCGCGUUGGGCCGUGUGCAGAAGAUAAGCAGCCGAGCACUGACAAGCGGUCGGACUGGAGUAUUUGCGUGGGAAACGGAGAAGUCAACGAGCUAACAGCUUGUACAUCCGUACAAGGAAGAGAACACGUUAGUUAAAUACCAACCAGUUUUUUCUUUGCUUCUAAACGAAAGCUAUGGCCCGCGGGCACCAGAAGAUCCAGUCCCAGCAGAAGAAUGCCAAGAAGCAGGCAGAGGCCAAGAAGAGCAAGGGGCAUGACCAGAAGGCCGCUGCCAAGGCUGCCCUCGUGUACACCUGUGCGGUCUGUCGGACACAGAUGCCCGACCCGAAGACAUUCAAGCAGCACUUCGAGAGCAAACACCCCAAGUCGCCCAUGCCUCCUGAGCUGGUGGGUGUGGAGGCUUGAACGCACGUCUGUCAGGAUCCCCACCAACGCCGAAAACUGCGCAUCCUUCAGUCGCAGGGUGCUGGUGAGACCCCCACUGUUUCAGGACAAGAUGGCCACCUGCAAGUUCAGAUGCGAACAAUCUAGUUUCACUCGUGGGUGACAAGGGCAAGUUAACAGACACGAACUCUCCAUAGCGAUUAUCUGGGUUGCCAUUUCUUAUACUUCAAAUAGUCACAAUUUGUGUUGAUAAGUGCAAAAAAUGAGGCAUGGGGCUUUCAGUGAAAUAUUUCUUUGUCAAUGAAACCUCUCUACUGUAAUUUCAGCUGAAGUCCCCUGGAUUCUUUCAAAAUGGAGCUGGUAGUUUAAAAAAUGAAACUCUAAAUAGUUUUUUUUUAUGCAUCAGUGAUUUGAGGUUAGCAGACAGCAGAUUAUCAGGCCUAUUUCAACAGAACAAAAACGCUAAAGUAGCAACACACUGUUCAUGUUACUCUAGUCUUUGUCUCUGUGCUAUUCUGAAAUGUUCUUCAAAUGUCUGAAAUGAGAAAAUUCUCAUGGAACAUUUGUGCUGUGGCAGAACAUCUGUUUGGCUAAAGUGAAGUUCUGUUGCCUUUGGUGUUAUGUGUGAACCUGUUUAAACACUGCCCUGGGAAGCAAUUGAAAUGGAUUUAUUGGUAGAGGGAAGAAAGGAAUGUCUUGCUUUAUGUUUAAGAUUUUGUGCAUUUAAAAAAAAACUUAUCAUGGAGUCAACCAUAUACUGUUCAUAGAACCUUUGCCCAUAUAUAAUUCAGUUCAGUCUGGAAGUUUUGAUGGAAUAAGUGCAUCUGAGGAAAGUUGUGCAAAGGUCAAAGGUGACUUUUAAUUUGAUCAUAAUACUUGUCAUCCUUGUUCCCUUGUGGUCUUGUUCACUCUACAUCAAUUCUUCACAUUGUUUAGUUCCCUUGCUUAGUGGAUAUCAGUGCGAUUUAUGAUUCUUAAAAGAAGAGAGAGAGAGAGAAGAAAUCUUCCUGGUUUAUAAUGUGACUUGAAGUACUAUGUCUACACUUGUAGUUCGCUUCUGAUAAGGUUGAUUUCACGAUGACUAAACACAAGCACCCCAAUGCCAUUCCUGUCUUCUGCAUGCCAUUUGUUUUGUUUUUUUAGUCACUUCCUAAAAGAAAGGAUGUUGGUUCUCUUGAUUUUUUUUUUUUUUCAUGCUGUGUAGUGUGUGUGCAUGUGCGUGUGUGUGUGUGUAGGUGGCCCUGUGGUGUAUUUUGACCGAGCUGUAGUUCUGCUGCUAGGUAGUUGUCAGUGUUUCAUUAUCAAGCUGCUGAGGAGCGCUAGCGGAAGGAUGGCUGGGGCAGUGGGGAAGCGGUCUCUCUUUAUGGUAUUUAUAUUCCUCUGCUGUGAUGAACCACUAAUGCACGGGAGCACUGCAGUCCCCUGGACACGGGACUGUUUAUCAGCCAAAUUUUUACACUUGUAAUUAUAACUGUGCC